UUCCCACAUAUCUUUCCCCGUCAUUUUCCCCGUUUUAUAAUAUUUGAUCAAGAUUAAUGAUUAACGAUCAAUGAUUAUCAAUGAUAUAGUUGGAAAGAAUCAGAAAUCUUUAUUUUCCGUUUCUGCUAAAACCUGAGGAGUAGCCCCUGUUCAUCCCUUGGAUUUUGCCCCCACCACCGCACCACUUCUCCCACUCUCUUCUCUUCUGCCUCCCUUGGCAUCUAAAGUGUCUUCAUUUUUGUCGUGUUCUUCUCUUCGUUGUCGCAUAAACAAUUGAAGCUUUUCAGUACUGGGUUCAAUAUUGCUCAUAGCAGAGCAAGUUCUUUCCUGCCUGGGUAUUUCUGAAGUUUGUCCUCUGCUGGACCAGAUCGUGGUUUGGUCUCAACAAGAUGUCUCAGACUAACUGGGAAGCUGACAAGAUGUUAGACGUUUACAUACAUGAUUACUUAGUAAAGAGGGAUUUGAAGGCUUCUGCUCAGGCUUUUCAAGCUGAAGGAAAAGUAUCAUCCGAUCCUGUCGCAAUUGAUGCUCCAGGAGGUUUUCUCUUCGAGUGGUGGUCUGUUUUUUGGGAUAUAUUUAUCGCUCGGACUAAUGAGAAGCACUCAGAGGUUGCUGCAUCUUAUAUCGAGACACAGUUACUUAAGGGAAGGGAGCAGCAGCAACAGCAGCCACAGCAGCCACAACCCCAGCAGUCACAGCAGCAGCAGCAGCACAUGCAGAUCCAACAGCUUCUGAUGCAGAGGCAUGCGCAGCAGCAGCAGCAGCAACAGCAGCAGCAGCAGCAACAUCAACAGCAGCAGCAUCAACAGCAGCAACCACCCCAGCAACAGCAGCCACCACCACAACAGCAGAGAAGAGAUGGAUCUCAUCUCUUAAAUGGAAGUACAAAUGGGAUAGUUGAGAAUCCGCUGAUGCGGCAAAACCCUGGUACUGCAAAUGCACUGGCCACAAAAAUGUACGAGGAAAGGUUAAAACCGCCUCUUCAGAGGGAUUCUUUGGACGAUGCAGCAAUGAAGCAAAGAUUUGGUGAGAACAUGGGCCAACUCCUGGACCCAAGUCAUGCCUCCAUAUUGAAGUCAGGUGCAGUUUCUGGCCAACCUUCGGGGCAAUUGUUGCAUGGUGUUGGUGGUGGGAUGUCUCAACAAGUUCAAGCUCGUAGUCCACAAUUACCAGGGUCUACUCCGGAUAUAAAGAGCGAGAUAAAUCCUGUUUUAAAUCCUAGAGCUGCGGGUCCUGAAGGAUCAUUGAUAGGAAUUCCUGGAUCGAAUCAAGGUAGCAACAAUUUGACUCUCAAGGGAUGGCCACUUAAAGGGUUGGAUCAACUACGCUCUGGUCUUCUCCAACCGCAAAAGGCUUUUAUGCAGGGUCCUCAGCCCUUUCAUCAACUUCAAAUGUUGUCGCCCCAACAUCUUAUGCUUGCUCAACAAAAUCUUGCAUCACCAUCUGGCAGUGAUGAAAAUAGACGACUUAGAAUGCUUUUGAAUAAUAGGAAUAUUGGCCUAAGUAAGGAUGGUCUUUCAAACCCCAUUGGUGAUGUGGUAUCAAAUGUUGGGUCACCACUUCAAGCUGGCAGUCCUCUUUUGCCUCGUGGAGAUACAGAUAUGCUAAUGAAGUUAAAAUUGGCUCAGUUUCAUCAGCAGCAUCAACAACAGAAUACCAAUCCACAGCAGCAGCUUCAACAGCAUGCUCUUUCAAAUCAGCAAUCUCAGACUUCAAAUCUUAACAUGCAUCAGCAAGACAAAGUGGGGGCUAUUGGUAGUGUCACAGCAGAUGGGAGCAUGUCAAACUCUUUCAGAGGAAAUGAUCAGGCUUCCAAAAACCAGACUGGGAGAAAGAGAAAGCAGCCCGUAUCUUCUUCUGGUCCUGCCAAUAGCUCAGGAACAGCAAAUACGACAGGCCCUUCUCCAAGUUCAGCUCCCUCAACCCCUUCAACUCAUACUCCUGGUGAUGUGAUAUCGAUGCCUGCUGUGCCUCAUAAUGGUAGUUCUUCAAAGCCUCUUGUGAUGUUUGGCACUGACGGCACUGGAACUCUCACAUCACCUUCAAAUCAGUUGUGGGAUGAUAAGGAUCUUGAAUUGCAGGCUGACAUGGAUCGAUUUGUUGAUGAUGGAUGUCUUGAUGACAAUGUUGAGUCUUUUUUAUCCCAUGAUGAUACGGACCCUAGAGAUGCUGUUGGUCGUUGCAUGGAUAUAAGCAAAGGUUUCUCAUUUGCCGAAGUCAAUUCUGUACGAGCUAGUACAAGCAAAGUUGUCUGUUGCCACUUCUCAUCUGAUGGGAAAUUGCUUGCAAGUGGUGGCCAUGACAAAAAGGCUGUCUUAUGGUUCGCAGAUUCUCUAAAGGCAAAAGCUACUCUUGAAGAACACUCAUCUUUGAUAACUGAUGUCCGUUUUAGUACAAGCAUGCCCCGUCUUGCAACAUCUUCAUUUGACAAAACUGUCAGGGUUUGGGAUGUUGACAAUCCUGGAUAUACACUUCGCACCUUCACAGGACAUUCCGCAUCUGUUAUGUCACUAGAUUUUCAUCCAAAUAAAGAGGAUCUUAUCUGCUCUUGUGAUGGUGAUGGUGAAAUACGAUAUUGGAGCAUAAAUAAUGGCAGCUGUGCUAGAGUCUCUAAGGGUGGCACUGCCCAGAUGAGGUUUCAACCUCGCAUAGGGAGGUAUCUUGCUGCUGCUGCAGAGAACGUUGUCUCUAUACUUGAUGUGGAAACACAAACAUGCCAGUACUCAUUACAGGGACAUACGAAGUCAAUACAUUCUGUCUGCUGGGACCCUUCUGGGGAGUUGCUUGCAUCUGUCAGUGAGGACUCGGUCAGGGUUUGGACUCUUGGAUCGGGGAGUGAAGGGGAAUGUGUCCAUGAGCUGAGCUGUAAUGGGAAAAAAUUUCAUUCUUGUGUUUUCCAUCCAACAUAUUUUUCAUUGCUGAUCGUUGGAUGUUACCAGUCGUUGGAGCUUUGGGAUAUGGCCGAGAACAAGACAAUGACUUUGUCGGCUCACGAAGGGCUAAUUGCUUCCUUGGCAGUCUCAAACGUAACUGGUUUGGUUGCCUCCGCCAGUCAUGACAAGUUUGUAAAGCUUUGGAAGUAAGCUGAAUGAUUCUGUGCCCAUCUCCAACUAGCACCACUUCCAACACAGGACUAGGCUUUUACCAAUUUGUCCCUCUUUUCUUGCUUCAUCAAGCCCACCUUCUUCUUCUCCCUCUUCAGAUACAAACCUGUUUUAUUGCCAUUCCUUGUUAUAUGCCUGUUUAGCUCUUGCAUUGAUAUUAACAUCUGGAAAUUCCCUUCCUGCAUCAACUGUUCAUUAAACUCUCUUUUGGCAGUUAGUUGUUGGUAAAUCAAUCGGUUUGAUAGAAUUUUCUGUC